CUUUCAUUUACCAUCUUGUGACUAGUUGUCUCAGUCCCUUGAUCUGGGUUACUGUUCAGUUGUUCCAAACUAAUUCAGCUGAUUAGUUUCUUUUGUAACAAGACUCAAUGGGGGCCACUGUUGAUUCUCCUACUCACUUCAAACUAGGGAAUCUUCCACUUGUUCCUUUUAAAGUUCAAACUGAGAUUAAAACCCAUUUGUGUUCCAAGUGCUGAUUCCACUUCUGUGAGCUGCAAACCACGUGGUCUAAACUGCAUGUUGAAACUUUCUGUAAACACCCAGUUAAUUUGAAGCUAUCUCCUUGAUGAUGAAGCCUAUUCUGUGUUGUCCUCAAACGUUUUAAUAUCCCUCUUUUAUACUUUGCUUUUUGAUCUGAUUUGAGUAAAUAGGUUUUGCAGCCUUUCAAUGUUUUCUGAAUGUUCUUAAACCAUUUUAAGGACUAUAUUAAACAAACACGGGCCACUUAUUUUUUUGAAUACCCAUUUUUCGUGUUUUCUGGCAAUCUCUAAUUCCCAACAUUUUAAUUGACUUCUUUAUAGCUGUUGAUCCCUGAAGGCAAUAUGGCUGCAAGCUUCCUUUAAUUGCAAUUUUCUACCAUUAAACUUCAAUUUUAAGAAAUAACAAUUAUAUACAAAAAACUCAUGAACCAUGAGAAGUAAUGGCAACAAAUUGUGCAGGCAUGAGUGAACACUAUUUCUUCUUACGUUAUGGAGGGGAAGGCAUUGAUGAAGCUGCUUAAGAUGUCUGGGCCUAGAACCCUAUCCUGAGGAAGUCUAAUGAUUGCCUGGGGUUGCAGUGUUUGGUCUGCAUCAUCCUCGUGCUCUUACAAUCCUGAAGAAUGGUAGGUUUUGCCCUGAUUCAAAUUAACUCUGAUUUUAUGAGGGCUUAUUGAAGUAACACUUGGUUAAAUGCAUCCUUGAUGACAAGAGCAGUUGCUUCCACUUCAGCUCUGUAGUUCAGUGGUUUAGACCAAGGCUCUUAUGCGUUCUGGAACUAAAUGGCUCUGGUGGAAUCCAGGCAGUAUUAGUGAGCAGGUUUAUUUCUUUGGUGCUGCUUGAUAGCAUUGUCAGUGAUAGCUGCUAACACUUUAACUGCACCCCAGGCUGCUCUCAAUGAUCAAAAUGUAUCUGGGCAAAUUUUUACAUUGAUGGUUAGAUCCCAGUGUUGAAGCUGGGUGUGGUUGGUUCUGGACCACAGAUCUUCAGAACUACAGCUGGGGCCUUCUCGCCUCUGCAAUAUCCAGAGUAUUCGGCCAUUUCUUGAUAGUAGGAUAAAGUCGCCAUAGAGUUGCCAUAGAAAGAGAUGACUAGUGGCAAGUUUAACCUGAGGGUUGCCAUGCUUCAGGUGAGGGGUGAGGUUGAGAAGGUGGGAUGUGCAUGGUGACCUCAUGGUACGGAAACUGAACCUGUAAUGUUAGCAUUACUGCAGUGCAAACCAGCAGUCCAGCCAACUGAACUAACUGACCCUAAUAUCAUGUGAAUUGAAUCACAUUGGCUGUUUGUAGGCUUCUGUGAUUCUGGAAAUCUCACUUCACUGCCUGUACUGCUCAUAACCUCAGCAGCAGGCUAAAGUAGGCCGUCCAGUUGAUAUUUCUGGCUGAAGAUGGUUGUUACUGCUUCAGUCUUGCCUUUUCCACUUCUGGGCAGCCCCUCGAUUAUCAGGAGGAUAAGAAUAUUUCUGAAACCACCUCUAGCUAGUUGUUUAAUUAUCUACGAACAUUCAUGACUGAAUAAAACAAGACAGCAGAGUAGUUAUGGGAUCAUAUGUUCAUCACAUGCCGCUACUGUUGUUUAGCAUGCAUAUGACUGGACUGUUGAGGCAGACAUUGUCACACCAGUGGUAUUCUGCUUAAACCAAGCAUAGAAGCAUUGAGCCUCUCACGGAGGGAUGUGUCAUUGUCCACUAUCUUACAUUGUUUCAUUUUGUAUCCUGUAAUGUCGUUUAGACCUCGCCAUAGACAGCAGGAGUCUAUUUGGUAGGUCAGGGGCUCUAACUUGGUCCGGUAUUGCCCCUUAGUCUCCCUGAUGGCUUUGCAGAGAUCAUAUCUAGAUUUUCUGAAUUGGUCUGAUCACCCGACUUGAAUGUUGCAUGUCUGGUUUUCAGUAGGGAGUGGAUUCCCUGGUUCAUCCAAGGUUUAUGGUUGAGAACACUUGGAUUGAGUUCUUUGGUGCACAGUCCUGCUGAUAAAAUUCAUGACAGUGAUAGCAUACUCGUCUAGGUUUUCAGCUGAACACUUCAACACAGUCCAGUCCAACGAGUCCAAGCAGUCUUGGAGACAGUCUUCCGCUGCCUCGAACCAGCACUGUACUUCACUUUGUGAAGGAUUCUCCCAUUUCACUUUCCACUUGUAAGCGGUGAGGAGGAACACAGCGCUCUGGUUGGAUUUUCCGAAGUGUGGGUGGGAGAUUGAGUGGUGUGCAUCUUUGGUUGUGUAGCAGUGGUCCAGAAUGUUCGGUCCCCUGGUGGGGCAGGAGAUAUAUUGGUGGUAUUUUGGCAGCAUCUGCUCGAAGUUCACUUGGUUGAAGUCGCUGGCCAUAAUGAAUAGGGAUUUGGGGAAUUUUUUCUCUAGUGUGUUUGUGGUGGUGUAAAUCACAUCUAGGGCAUUCGUCACAUCAGCGUAGGGUGGUAUAUAGACUGCUGUCAGGAUGGCAAGGUGAACUGUCUCAUUAGGUAGUGGGAACGGCAUUUUACUGUAAGGUAUUCUAGGUCCAGGGAGCAGUGGCUUGCCAAGGUCAUUAGAUCUGAGUGCUAUGAAGUGUUGAUCAGGAAGCAUAACCCACCGCCCUUCACCUUGCCCAAGGAUGCCAUGCAAUCUAUGGAGCACCCAUCAGCUUUUAGGGCACAAGCAGGAGUGAGCCAAGUCUCUGUGAAGCAGAAUACAUAAUAGCAAAGCUAUCCACCAACAUAUUUAACCUCUCCCUCCUGUGAGCUAAAGUCUCCGCCUGCUUGAAGAAGACCACUAUCAACUCUGUCCUCAAGAAAACACAUGCACUGUGCCUAAAUGACUAGUCCCCCAUAGAUCUGACUUCAAUAAUCAUGAAGUGCUUCGAGAGGCUAUUCAUGGCCCACAGUAACUCCAGUCUCCCAACCUGCCUCGAUCCCCUAUAGUUUACCUAUUGACAUUACACGUUCUCAGAGGAUGCCAUAUCCCUAGCUCUGCAAUCAUUCCUGGAACAUCUGGACAACUAACAUGCCACAUCAGACUGCUGUUUGUUGACUUCAGCUCCGCCUUCAACACUUUUAUCCCCUCCAGACUGAUCUCAAAACUGCGUGAUCUUGGUCUUGGCUCCAAUCAGUGAGGAUAGGUAACUGCACCUUCUCCACAAUAAAACGCAAUACUGGAGCCUCCCAAGGAUGCGUCCUCAGCUCCCUACUGUACUCCCACGACUGUGUUACCAAAUUCGGAAUGAACGCCAUCUACAAAUUUGCUGACAACAUCACAGUAGUGGGAUGGAUAUCUAACAACAACGAGUCAAAAUACAGACGGGAGAUAGAGGGCUUGGUGAUCUGGUACAAUGAAAACAAUUUGUCUUUCAAAACAUUGGCAAAACUACAGAACUAAUUAUUGACUUCAGGAAGAAAGGAGGAGAACACACUGCUAUCUACAUCAACAGAACUGAGGUUGAGAGAGUGGAAAGUGCCAAGUUCCUCAGAGUGGCGAUAACCUGUCUUGGACUCACCACGUAAAUGCGACAGUUAAGAAGGCACAUCAACACCUCUUCUUCCUUGGGUAGCUGAGGAAAAUUGUCAUGCCCAUAAAGUCCCUCACCAACUUCUACAGAUGCGCUAUUGAAAGCAUACUGUUGGGGUGCAUAACAGCCUGGUAUGGCAACUGCUCUGCCCAGGACCAUAAAAAUCUACAGAAGAUGGUGUGUACAGCCCAGACCAUCACAGAAACCAACCUUCCAUCCAUGGACUCUAUUUACAUGGCUCACUGCUGAAGUAAGACGGCCAACAUCAUCAAAGACCCAUCGUGCGCUGGUAAUGACCUCCUUCAACCUCUUCCAUUAGGCAAAAGAUACAGAAGCCUGAACACACACACAAGCAGAUUCUUUCUUGCCAUUAUCAGCCUCACUAAUGUAACUUGCAAUGUAGCCUGUAUGCCUCCUAAGUCUUUUUGAUCUGUGCAUUCUUUGCUGUGAACUGACUGUACUGCUAAUAAACAAAAUUUUUCACGGUUUUGGUACACAUGACAGUAAAAUCAAUCAGUCAAUCAAUAUAGUCGUAUGUGUAGCUUCACCAGAAUUGAUGCUUCGUUUUUAGCAAUGUCUAGUUCUGUUCCUCGCGUGUUCUCCUGCAUGUCCCAUUGAACUAGCAUUGAGCCCCAGGUGUGUAGAUAACGGAAGAGUGAGGAAUAUGUUAGAAGAUGAGUUUGCAGACUGCUGAAUAAAAUUUAGCUGCAGCUAACGGCCAAUAAUGCCUCAAGGAUUCCAAUCUGUUAGGCCUGUUCUGAAUUUGACCCACUUAAUACGAUGAAAGUGCCACACAAUAUGAUGAGCAAUGCUCUCAAUGUGAGACCUGGGCUUGUUUCUGCACGGGCUGGGUGGUAGUCAUUCCGCCCCGUAUUUUCACGGACAGUUGCAGCUGUGACAGGCACAUUGGUAAGGAGAAGGCCUCGUACAUUUCUCCCUCCCAUCGGUUGUCUCAGUAGUUGCCAUGUGUUCUCUCUGGUGGAUAAGUCUUCAAGACUUUAGCAGGGUUGUCAGUCAUCAUGCUGCUACACCACUUCUAUCAACAUUGAAGGCCCUCACCAAAAGUACAUUUUUUUUCCCCCUUUAUUACCUUGAAUGCCUUUACCAAGGAUUGUUCAGUAGAGGCUGUCCUUUUCCAUUUUUCAUGCCAUGAAACAUCAUGGGGUCAGAUUCCAUGUUGAGGUUCUUGGAAAAACUCUUCCCUACCAAUUAUACCCCACUCUCCUACCAACUGCAGUGGCUCAUUCUGCCAGUGAAACAGGAUACAACUAAGAAUGGUGAUGUAGGAUUCUGGGACAGUUGUCUUCAAAGCAUGUUAUGGUACUUCGUAAAGUUUUCAUGGGGUUGGACCGUGGGCCUGCUGCUUCCUUUUAUUUUCACUUCAAAUUACUUUCUUCGAAGAGAUGUUCUGUUUGCAGUACGUCGUGUAACUUCAUGUGUGGUAGGAACUGGUAUUUGGUUUCUUAGCACAAGGACCUUUCAUAUUAUUGAAAAUUUCACAGGUGAAUGCUACGAAUCCCAAAAUAUGACCGUUCUCCAUCAAUUUGACAACCUAUACACUUGCAAGAAAAAUGGCCACUUGUGGCUUGGCUUUGACAUCUCUGGACACUCCUUCUUAUUGUCGUACUGUGUACUGAUUAUGACAGAAGAAAUAGCCGUCAUGAAUGAACUUCAGAAAGUGGAGCAGAAGCCAGGAAAAUCCAUAGCAACAAUCAUUAAAUCACUGUUUAUUGCUUUAAAUGCUUUGCUUUUCUUAUGGGUUUGGAUGUUUUUUUGUACUGCAUUGUAUUUUCAUGAUAUGCCUCAUAAAAUAAUUGGAACUACUUUUGGAAUUUCUGCCUGGUAUGGAACAUACAGAUUUUGGUAUAAGAAACCUUUUUCUCCUGGACUGCCACCUGAAAUUGGGAACAAAAAGGAGUAGCAUUCUGAAAUAUUCAAGUACAAAAAGUAUUGGUGUAACAUUUACCUUUCAUGUAUACAAGUUCUAGGCAUAGUGGUAAUGGUAUGUAUUUUUGCAAUAUGAUGUGUAUACAAAUAUUCACUAUUCUCCUUACAUGAAGCUGGCUUAUUUUGUGAGCUCAGAUUAGAGGAAAAUUGAUCUGCAAUUAGAGUUAUGAAGUGCAAAUAUAAUCAGUUUCAAAUUGACAAUACAAUUAAUAGAUACACGCUGGAUAUAAUCUUAAAAUGCUCAGGAUCCAUUUUUUCAGUUGUUCCAUGCUUUGCCAGAAGUAUAUGCCCACUGCGGUGGAUUUUAAAUUUGAGCUUCAUACAUUAUAGAAAAGUAGCUUUCAAUUUCUGUGUCAGUCUAAACCAACGGAAGCAGCUUUAUUUCAAACAAGGAACAGUUAUUUGCAGCUUGCACUGCCUCCGUAUAUCUGUGUCUAUAUAGCCACAUAGCAGCCCAGGUGUAAUUGCAAAAUAACAAGUGCUGCCAUACAGAUGUUUAUUAUAGAAGACAGUGGCCAUUAUUGCUGUUCUCUUUUUUGAUUGUUCAGCCACAAAAUGUAACAACAUUAGCAAUAUUUUAAACAUUCAUUUCCACUAUUUUUGUUUAAAAUCAAAUAAUUAAGUGUGUGGUGACUCUUCUAUCUAUUUGUCUUAAUUUACAUAUUUCUCAGAUCUAAUUUUUAGUUCAUUUUUCAUCAUUAUUUCUUUUGCAGGCGCUUUGGUGCACUGUACAUUUAUCCUUUAUUUCAUCUUUUGAAUCUGUUCUGUGAUUUUUAAAGCAAUUAUGUAAGCAGUGCCGGUAAUCAGUAAUUCUAUCAAGAAACUUAUUUCUCCUUUGCUUUUUUGGAUGUUUUUUCAAAACAUUUGUAUACAAAUAUGUAUAGAAAUAGCCACUAGCAGUACUUGAUAUAAUAAAAGGCCUAUUGGAUUUAGUUAUACUUUCUCUUACUUAGUGUAAGUACAUAGGCGUGUUAUACUUAUCUUUCAACAAAAGUGUAACCAUUUAACCAGUUUAACUUAUUAAAACAAAAAUAAGUCAAACAGCUUGAUUGAACAUGCUUAUCAGUCAGUUAAUUUGUUACUGCACCUUUCAGUAUUCUUUUUUAUAUAAAUUGCAGCUUUUUGUUUCUAAGCCCUCACUAAGUUAUGAAAUAGUAUAAUCAAAGUUGAGUAAUAUUUGCUUGAUAUCUGCUUUUUGCAGUUAUUACGUUUACUUCCCAAGAAUUAACCAAAAUUAUUUCUCGUGCACCUGCUUUAUUUCUUAAACUGUUAACUUUAUUAUGCCUAAAAUAUUUUGCCUUCAAAGCACAGUGAUUGCUUGUGAAGGGUGUUGCUGGCAACUUUUGUAUGCCAAUAUUUGUAGGCCCUGAUAGAUUUAAGAACUUAUCUUCUGUCUAAUGUGUUGAAGUCGAGUUGUUUUUGAUAUAAUUGAAGUGUGAUACGAUGCAACUAAGAUUUUCUUAAGCUUUGGAGAGAAAAUUGCUUGGAUAGUAGUGUGCAUUUCAUUCUGUAGUAUUGUAUUUUUGAGAGAUGGACAUGGAAAAAAUCAGGAACUAUGUGUAAUAAUGUUAUAAAGUGAAACUAUAGCAUGUGUUUUACUUUUAACUAGCUUUUACUCCUAUAGGAAGAAUUUACAUUAGAAAUGUUUCUGAUGUACAUUGUAUGCUUUGUAAUGAAAUGCUUUGAAAUGUAAGCAGGUACUGUUAACCAACGUGUGUAGAUUUAAGUGUUGUUUUUGGAUGCAUACAUGCUCUGAAAUAAUCCAUUUGUAAUUAAUGUCUAAUUUAUUUCAGAAAAACAACGUUUGUGAAUUGGAUGGAGCACAGUAGGUAUAAUAGUUUGGAAAUUUGUCACUGCAUGCCUAAUUUAGUUUCUUUGCAUAAUUAAUAUUUUUUAAAAAUGCUUCUCGUGCAAAUGAGAUUGACUUUGGAAUUUAAUAAUGCACUGUGCUGUUCAGAUUUCUCCCAGAAUUUAGAGAAAUUAUUUGACCUGCCUGCCUCAAUUUGAAAUACUGUACAAAGGAAUAAGGCAUAUGUUCAGAAUUCAUUAGCUACGUACUUUCAUUAAAUAUUUAACAUUUUUAACGA